AGAAAGAGAAGAAAGAAGAAGAAGAAGAAGAAGAAAGAGAAGAAAGAACAAGAAGAAGAAGAAAGAGAAGAAAGAACAAGAAGAAGAAGAAAGAGAAGAAAGAAGAAGAAGAAAGAAGAAGAAGAAAUCCCUGGGCGGAAGGAGCCCAAAGGCCUGAAGCAUCAUGAGUGAACCACAAAAUACCAACGAGUCUACAGAGGAAGAUGCUACCGAGUUGCAGUUUCCUAAAGAGUUUGAGAAGGCAGAGACCCUCUUGAUAUCCGAGGUCCACAUGCUGUUAGAACAUCGCAAACAGACAAAUGAAAAUGCAGAAGAAGAACAAGAACUUAACGAGAGAUUCAUGAAGACCUUGAAUUACUGUGAAAGGUUUUCCAAGUUUAAGAACAGAGCGACGAUUAAGGCCAUUCGUGAACUUCUGAACCAGAAGAAGCUGCACAAAUUUGAACUGGCAGCGCUUGCCAACCUCUGUCCAGAGACGCCUGAAGAAGCCAAAGCUCUCAUUCCCAGUUUGGAAGGACGUUUUGAGGAUGAAGAGCUGCGUGUGUUGCUAGAGGACAUGGCAACACAGAGAAGCUUUCAGUAUUAGUGUGUACUUUGUGAGCAGAUGUAUUUUAUAUUACUGAACCCCUCAGCAGGGAAGGACAUAAUGUUACUUUUGUCUUGUCAUGGGUGGCUGACUUAAUUUUACAUUUUGAGGUAACUGAAUUAGUUUGUAUCUUGGCCACACUCAAUAAAAAUGUAGGGUUAAAUCAUGACAUUGGACCUCUUAUGAUUAGUCACUGUCUUGUGUAACCUCAAAACCA